CCGUCACUUGAGUAACCUAGUGCCGUCAGUCGCCACACAUCGGUACAGGUCGAUGUCGAUAGUAUUGUCGUCUGUCCAUGGCCGCGCUUGCGAUGCGUCUACUGUGGUGUGUUUCUGUACAUGGCCGUGCCGCUUGGCGGAUCUUUACGUUGUUCCGUGGCAUUCGGCAAUCUGCCACUAGUAAACGAUUGUAUUUACUGUUUUUAAAAAACUUGUAUUACGCUUCACAUCCACCAUGACUACAUCCUCGGAAGAUGUCCUGAUGCAAGUGAAUCAAGUGCGUUAUAAAAAAGGAGAUGGUACUUUAUAUGUAAUGAACGAACGAAUAGCAUGGAUGCUUGAUAACAGAGAUACUGUUUCUGUCAGCCAUAAAUAUGCUGAUAUUAAAUUACAAAAAAUAUCACCAGAGGGAAAAUCAAAAAUACAACUACAGGUGGUGUUACAUGAUGGCACAUCAUCUACAUUUCAUUUUGUAAAUAAAAAUGGACAAGAAGCACAAAUUAAAGAUCGCGACGAUGUAAAAGAAUUAUUGCAACAAUUACUACCAAAAUUUAAGCGGAAAGUUAACAAGGAGCUAGAAGAAAAAAAUAGAACUCUUCAAGAACAUCCUAUGUUGCUUCAAUUAUAUCGUGAUCUAGUAAUCACACAAGUUAUAUCAUCGGAAGAAUUUUGGUCACAACAUGCUGCAGAAUAUACACAAGCUAAAAAGAUACAACGUCAAGAGAUAGGUGUUAAUAGUGCUUUCCUGGCAGAUAUCAAGCCACAAACUGAUGGUUGCAAUGGAUUAAAAUACAAUUUAACUGUCGAUGUGAUAGAAUGUAUAUUUAAGACUUAUCCAGCUGUUAAAAGAAAACAUCAAGAAAAUGUGCCUCAUAAAAUGUCAGAGUCGGAUUUCUGGACAAAAUUCUUUCAAUCACAUUAUUUUCACAGAGACCGUAUCAAUACUGGGACCAAGGAUCUUUUUACCGAAUGUGCCAAAAUAGAUGAUCAAGAACUUAAGAAAGAUCUUCAAACUGGGAUAAAUGAUCCUUUGGUAGAUAUUACUUCCUUCGAAGAUCAAACACUAGAUGAAAAUUAUGGAAAUGGUUGUAGUAAAGCAGAUAAAACAUCUGGAAAUAUAGUACAUCAAAAUAUGAUCAAGAGAUUUAAUCAACAUAGCAUAAUGGUUAUGAAAGCUAGCACUGCCAAACAGUUGAUACAAACUAAUCAACCACAAUUAAAUGGAUCUACACCAUCUGCAAGUAAAAUAGCAAACAACGAACCAGAUGAUGAACCAAAGACUAAAAAACGUAGAAUACAAGAGAAGAUAACUUAUGAUGAUCUUGAUAAGAGCUGUGACAUAAAUACAAAUAAUGGAGCACCGUUAAAUCUGAUGCAUGUAGAUAGAUAUUUGCAUGGACCUAUACCAGACUAUGGAAGUACAGAACCAACUUCGGAAGAAUUGUUCAUUACAUUAAAUCACUUAAAAAAAGAAGCUUCUGGAUGGUUAUCUGGUAGUACAUUACCGCGACAAACAGCUACUUCUUUAGUUAGUCCAGCUGCGGCAGUAUCAGCUUUAGGUGAAUUAACACCUGGUGGAUCUUUAAUGAAAGGUUUCCGAGAAGAAAGUCUUGGACAGUUAAUACCGAAAGAUUUAGAGAAGGAAUUACGUAACGUGUAUGUGUGUAUAUGUGAGUUGUUGAAACAUUUUUGGCGAAGUUUUCCUCCGACAACACCACAGCUUGAAGAAAAAGCAAUCAGAAUGCACGAAGCUUUACAUAGAUUUCAUUCCGCUAAAUUAAAACCCUUUGAAGAUCGUGUGCAAAGAGAAUUCUCUGCGGUUAGUCAGCACUUAACGAAUCAUCUUAAUCAAUUGUUAACUACCGCAUAUAGGAAAUUUGCGGUAUGGCAACAGCGAAAAAUGCAAAUGAGGUAGCCCUUCAUUAAGAUCCCCGUAAAACAGUAACGUUUAAAUAAAGCAGCAAUAUUGGUCACAUAUUGCAUUUCUUAAUGUUACCGUAAUUAGAUAUUAACAUCGAUGUAUUUUACAAGAAAAAAACCAAAGCUAUGCCAGAUAUAUGCAUCCAGACUACCACAUACUAUUUAUUUAUUUUUUUUAACGCGAUUACAACUUUUUUAAAUUUCGUUUUUUAAACUCCAAAUCCAAUCAAAUCCAAUCACGAUAAUACGUUAAUUUGCUUAUAAGAAAUACAAUUUUCAGCUUAUUUAUUUAUAACAAAUACAUUUUAAAAUGCACAGACAUUCUAAAAAUAUCUUACAUUCUGGAAAAUAUGUGUUUAUAAAUUUAUGUAAGAAAAUUAUGUAGUUGUAGUUAUCUAUCAUCUAUAAUAUGCGACUGUUUUAGUUCAACUUGUAAGAGAGAUGGAUGAUUACAAAUAUUGUAUGAUAUCAAAGUAACUAUGAUAUUGCCACUGUAUAAUCAAGUUUGUUAAAAGUUAGUUAAUUUGUUUUGAUAAUGCCUUCGUGAUUUUAAUUUUAUGAUUAUAUUUUAUUGAUUCAUACACAUACUUUGUUACUUUAUUUAUUACUUUAUUAUUUGAUUUUUACUUAUUUUCAUAAUAUACGAAGAUUGAAAUCGACGAAAAACGAUCUUUUUUUGCAGUUACAAUUGAGUUAAUACAUUUAAAUCUCUAGAUAUCUCAACGAAGUUGUAAUUUCCUAUCAUUUAUUCUACCACAGUGGCAUUGGUAUACUUUAUGAUAUCUGCGAUAUACUCAACUAAAUGUCUUAAUUGUUGAAUCCUAUUUUUCUCUCGUGCUACUAGAUAUGGUGAUCUGAAUUUUCGUAAACUAUUGAUCUUUACCAUAGCGAUAAAUUUGGCAGUUUUAAGAAUAUAAUCUAUAUUUCUCAAUUGAUUGACGCUAUUAUAAUUAUUAUUUAAGGACCAGUGACGAGAAAACUCAUUUACACUUUAUUUGCGGUGCAGAUACGUGCAUUCCACCAUAUAUUUGGCCUUGUAGAAAAAAUAUUUUGUCAUGAAACUUGUUUUUUACUUAUAUUUUACGAAACUAAAGCUUCCUAAAGAGCCGAAUUGAAAUUUUAUUUUUAAAGAUAGUAUAAUAAAUAAAAUUAUCUGUUUGUUACUCACCUACCUGAUAUAAUUGCGAGGUACCAUAUUUUGUCUCAUAGAAACUAUUUCGUCAAUGAUUUUUUUUAUGAAGCUGCAAAGGUGCAUACAGAAUUUAUACCGAUUUUGCAAUUAAGUAGUUUAAACAUAAUAAAUAAAAUUUGAACCUCAACUGCAUUACAAUGCAAAUCGAAUGAAAUAUUGAAUUUUUAUUGUAUCCUUUUUUCUGAAAAAAAAAAAAGGAAAUGCUCUGUACGCGUCUUCAGCUGAUUUUCCUAAUUGUGAAUAUCAUAAUUAUAUUGUGAUUUUCUCAAUAUUAUAUAUAGCUAUAAUUUAGGAUGAAAGAAAUUUGUUUUCGACAGAGAUCUCCACCGUGAUUCCUGCCGCCCUAAGAGCCAGUUGUUCCAUCUUCGAAUAAACUACAUAUAACUUACCUAUUGGAUAAACAAAAGAGUAAGAGCAUAAGAGAGUAAGACAGUAAGAUAGUGAAUUGAAAUUAACGAAAGGUGGAACAACUCAGUCUAAGUAGUAAAAUAUAUUCUUACAUUAUGAUUAUAAUAAAUAUUGUGAUGACGAAUUUUCAAUAUCACA